AAAUCAGCUAAUUACCGUCGCGAGAGUCCAGAACUGGCACUAGGACCGAUCUAAACAUGAUUAACGACCCACUCAGAGCAGGCAGCGAUGGUCAUCGCCAUCUAGUGUACUAUGUAAUCCUUGGUGUCGCCAAGACUGAACGGAUAUCGAUUUGAUCCAACCAGUCGCUCGAGGAGCCUCGCCGCCGCAAUGCCGAGUUGCUUCGGCCAACCACCACAACACCACACCGUCCCCUGCAGCCGAGAAUACGGCCGUGGCCACCACCGUCCAUGCAUCUCGAGAGCAACCCUCCCUCGCGGACGCAGUCCAGUGACUUGCGGCGUGCUUGGGUUUUGGAACUGCAAUUUGGGCCUUCGCAACACUUCAAGCUCAGCCACAAACAAGUUCGCACCACAAGACGGUCAAGUGAUGCUGUCGAUUUUGCAAACCAUGUUAGCUCCUUGUCUGCCCAUGACUACCCAGUCGCGGCUGUCCUGUCUCAGGCGCUCAGCUGGUGCCCGGGCGAGAAUCUUGGCCUCGAGUUCUACACCCUCUUCGGCAGUUAGCACAUAUAAGCGUUCUGGCCCUUGGUCGGUUGAUCCGCCUAGUGUCUCAGAACCCGACCCAGCCGGCCGAGCUAACGUGGCCUCGGAGGUGCCUCUCAGCUUUGCCGUUGUGGUCCAUAUUGGGGCCAGGCCGCCCCAGAAGCCGAAUAAAGACCAGGCUCCACCGCCUCAAGCUGAAAUUUGUGUGGGCUUUCUUACGGGCUCUCUCUCGCCGUCUUCUCCAGUGUCAGCCGGGAGCCGCGUCCGCCUUCGUGUAGUCGGAAUCACACAGCCCAGGUCUAGAUGCCUUGCUUAGUGAACCCGGGGCCCCAAGCUGGUAUCCUGUGCGAUAUUCACUAAAGCCUGAUUCCGACCUGCAUCUAUUGGCAAUCUCUGGUUGCCAGCCGACUCGUCCCAAUCUACUCUAGAGAUACGAAGCAUGCUAUCUACCAGGCUCACCGCCACGGUCAAGCGGGGUGGGGGACAACAACUACUGGGAAAACCUGGACCAAGCGAGCUAGUAGAAGCCCCCGCCCCUACGACUUUCUUGAUCGCCGGUCUAGUCGUUGGGAAGAAUGGGUCAGCAGUGGCCGUUAAUCCUCAAGAGAAAGUUCUCACGUUCUCACGCUGG